AUGAAAAGUCGAGGACAUAUCUUAUUGCUUUGCUUAGCUACAGCUGUCAGUGCUAGCUGGACUAAAGGCGGCUGCUACAAAUCAUCGAUAAAAAGCAGCUUGUCGUUUUCCGACGACAACACAUACCAAUCAUCCGGUCAUUGUCAGGGUCAAUGCAGUGAUCUGGCCUAUGCAGUUGUUACUGAUGGUCAAUACUGUUACUGCGGAUCGACCGAACUCGACCUGAGUGACGAAACUGACAGCUCAAACUGUAACACUCCAUGUCAGGGGUACCCCUAUGAGAUGUGUGGAGGUGAUGGUUAUUUUUUGGUAUAUUCCAAUGAUGACGUACAACCGCAAGCAGCAUCUUCUUCUUCUUCAUCCACUAGCACGAAGUCAUCUACAAGCACCAGCCGUACGAAAACAUCAACGAGCUCGACGAGUCCCAGUUCUUCUUCACAAGCACCUUCAACUACGGCUUCGUCUACCAAAUCUGAUACCUCGUCUACUGAUGCAUCAACCACGGAGUCAUCAGACAACUCCCCCUCUGCAUCUCCAACUACAGUAGUAUCCACUGUAACAGGUUCCGAUCUGCACCUGGUGGUUGAGAUCACAAAGACGAUAGCACCAUCAACGACCGCGGACAAGCAAUCUAGCAAGACAGCAUCGCCAACAACUUCGUCAUCUUCAUCUGCAUCUUCAACAGGUGAUUCGUCUAAGAAUGGCUCAUCGAAAUCGCUUUCUGGUGGAGGGAUCGCAGGUGUGGUUGUUGGUUCAUUGGCAGGAGUUUGCUUGAUUGCUGGUUUGCUAUUCUUCUUGUGGUACAAAAAACGUCACUCGGAAGACGAUCAUGACGAUGAGUUCACACUUUCUGGUCCCAAUGAGAAAGAUCAAUACUCAAUUGGCCCCAAUCCAUUCAUGAGCAGUGCAGCAGCUGGUGCAGGUGCUGGUGCGGCAGGUGCAGCAGGUGCAAGUGCUGUCAAGGGCCAUGGAUACCACUCGAGUAGUGGUGAUCUGCAUUCAUUUGAUCUGACGCAUAACGAUGAGUUUCUAUUUGAACGAUACCCACCUAUGCCUCAGGAGGCACCCAACCAAACCGCCAACUUUGGCAGAAGGAGAUUGAGUAACGGGUCGUUGCCGGAUAUGAUCACCAGAAACCCCAACUCAUUGAAGGUUGUUAAUAAUUAG